AUGUUAUUACUUGAUUCGAAUGAUUAUUAUCAUAUAUCGAAUGAUGAAUUCAAAUGUUUUCGACAAUUAUCAAUAUGUUCAACACAUGGAUGGUCAUUAAGAUUUAAAUUACGUCUUAAUCCAUUUCCUACACGUGAUCGUGAACAUAAAUAUUUAUUAUUUAGUACAGGUGCACAUGAAACACAUGGUGAUGGAAUAUUAAUUUAUUUAUAUCAAUUGAAUAAUGUUGCAUAUCUUGAAUUUGGUUUAAAAGAAUUUCUCGAUGAUCAAUUUGCAUAUUAUUGGCAAAUUGAAGUUGAUUUAGAAAUAGAUCAAUGGAUUGAAGUUGUAACAACUAUUCAACAACAUAUGACAUCAAUUGGUAAACAUUAUCAAAUGAAGGUAUUUUUUGAUGGAUAUUUAUAUAAAGAAACAGAAAUAGAAAAUUAUAAAGAAAUGUUUAUAUUUAAAUACGAUCAAAUACAUUCAAAAUCAACUAUUAUUUAUGGAAAUUCUUCAGGUGUAGCAACGAUUGAUGAUAUAAUAUAUUAUGAAAAAAUUUUAACAGAUGAAGACAUUGCUCAUGUUUCUUUGGAUGUAAUCUCAUUGGGAUGUUUGAAAAAUAAUGAUCGUAUGCAUCAGUAUAUAAUUGCUGAAACAUUUGAUAAAUGGAAAUUAUGUCGUGAUGAAUGUUAUAAUCGAAAAAUGAAGAUUGCAUUGUAUUCUUCAGCCAAUAACGAAUGUGGAUGUAUACAAAGUUCAGUUGAAUUAAAUACAUCAUUUACUUAUGAUACACAAUGUAGCUGUUCAUUAAAUAAAUUAUGUUCGGACAAUAAAGAAUGGCAUGUACUUGUAGUAUCAAGUACUAUUGAUUUAAUUCAUACUGAAGUUGGUCUUGAAGUUCGUUUAACUGAUUCAAGUUUUUUAACUUAUGGUCGAGCACAAGUUCAACGAAAUGAAGGUGUUGAAAUGAUUGUUUCAGUUAAAAAUGAACGAAAUCUUGUUGCAUUAACCGUUUAUGGUGAUAUUGAAGAUCAAGAAUCUACUAAUAUGGAAUCGACUUCAAAUGAAAUACAUAUAAUUCCUGGUGCUUUAAGUUUAUCUUGGAAAAAUGCAGGUAUAAAAAAAGUUCAAUUUCGUGCUGAUUAUCGUCGAAUGGUGAAUGAUGAAAUGGCUGAAUAUCAUACAAUUAAUGUUGAAGUUGUUCAUGUUAAAACAGAUUUACCAUUGAAAUUUAUUCAUCUUUCACCUAAUAAUUAUAAUGGUCGAACAUAUCAAAACUUUACUGUACAAACUUAUGGAAGUAUUCCAAUAAAUUGUACAAUUGAUUUUGGUGAUGGACAUCGACAAGCAAAUGCUACAAAGCAUCAUCAAUAUUAUACAGGUUUUUUUUCAAGAAAUUAUACACGUUAUGGACAAUAUAAUGUAUCAGUUCAAUGUUUCAAUCAACUUAGUGAUAAUACAACACAAAUAACACGAACUAUUCGACGAGAAAAAAUGAAUAAAAAAAUGAUUAUAUAUAAAAAUUUAAUUCAAACAUCAACAUCAACAAGAUUUAAUUUAUUAUCACGUGAAGAUUAUUCAUUUCGACAUGUAAAUUGUUUAAAUUUAAGAAAUACAAUUACAAAUGAAAAAUUGAAAUUAAUUUGGAGAAAAACAACACUUGAAGUUAUACCAAAUGAGCUUUUAUCAGUUGGUAAUCAUCUAUAUCAACUCGAAUGUGAUUCAACACCAUUACAACCUUAUAUUAUCAAUGUUCAACCAGAUGUUCUUUUAUUGGAUGUUGUAUCAUCAAAAACAACAGUUAAAGCUGAUCAAUCUGUAGAAAUUUCUAUAACAUUAGAACCAACAUUAGAUUUAACAGUUAUUCUUGAUUGUGGAAUAGAUCAAACAUCAUUCGAAAUUAUAUAUAUUGAACAAGUAAUUGAUUCAACAUCAAUUUUUAUUGGUAAUUGUACUUAUUCAAUACCUGGUCAAUAUUAUCCAUCAGUAAGUACAAUGAAUCGUAUGAAAUUAGUUAAUCAAUCAAUACAUAUAAAUGUUGAACCAGCAUUAUCACCAUUUGAAAUUAAAAUUGAAGAUAGUUCAGAUAUAAAUCCAUCAACAUUAAUUAAAAUACGUGCAUUAGAAAAAAUACCAUUUGAAGGAGAUUUUACAUUAACUAUAAUUAAUAAUCUUAAUGAAAAAACUCAAAGUCAAAUUGAACCUGUACAUUUAUUAAAAUCAAAUAAUUUUACUCAUCAAUUAUAUAUGAAUAUAACAACAUAUGGAAAACAAAUAUUACAUGUUCGUGGAGGAGAAUAUCCAACUAUACGUGAAUCACAAGUUACAUUUACAAUUGGAACAGAAAUAACAACUAAACCACAAGUUUAUAUUAUAAAUCAAAUAGGUCUUAUUAAUCAAGAUUUUAUCUGGAUUGAUAUACAAUGGAUGAAUGGUAUUGGUUUUAAUAUACAAAUUAAUUAUGGAGAUGAAAAAAAAAUUACUAUUCAUUAUGCACAAAUUAUAUUAAAUUCACUUAAUCGUAUAACAAAUAAAAAUGAUGGAAUACAUCAUAUACAAUGGAAAAAAAUUGCAAAACAACGUUUACAAGUUGGAUAUAAAUUCACAAAAGCUGGUACAUACAAAAUCGAUGUAACAUUUAUUCAACCAUCAUCAAAACUUCUCAAAAUUGGAUUAAAAUGUUCAACAGUAACAAUAGUUGAAGGUAUAAUUCGAUCAGAAGAUACAUGUUUUCAAGAACAACAAUUUCAUUUAACAUCAUCAAAUUCUUUAAAUAAUACAAAUUCACCAUCACCUAUUCUAUAUUUACCAUAUAGUCUUCAACAUAAUCUUGAAGCAAUAAUAUUAACAAAAUGUUCUAAUCAUGAUUUUAUUUAUUCAUUUUAUCUUCUUUUAAUUGAACCAUCACAAUGGAAAUAUCCACGUAUACAACAAUAUUCAAAUAGUAUAAAUCAAACAUUUCAAGAAAAAUUUAUUGAAAAUUAUUGUUCAGAAUUUGGAAUAAAAUCAAUAUUGACAAUUGAACCAAAAUCUCUUUCAUAUGGUUAUUAUAUAUCUGUAUUUACAAUUAGUAGAAAUUCCUAUAUGGCUGAUUUUCGACAAUUUAGUCAACCGAUUGAAAUAAUUCGUUCAGAUUUAAUAACAAUAUUUGGUGGAAAUAAAACAAUUGAAAAUGUUAAUGAAGAACUUUAUUUAAAUUUUUAUUUAACAACAAUUGAUCCAGAUAAUAAUGAAUUAGAUCGACGUAAACUUAAUUUUACACUUAUUUGUUAUGCAGAAUAUAUUGAAUCAUUAAUAUUUCCAUCAAAUAUAAUUCAAUUAGGUUCAACAAGACCAACAGAAACAAAUCCACAAAAUAUAAAUGAUUGGUCUAUACAAUGGAAUAAUUUAAAUUUAAUAUUACAUAGAUCAGAAUUAAAUUUACAAUUUUAUGAAAAUCAAUGUUUUUCAUCAAAUAAAAAACAUGAAAAAGAUCAACAAUUAUUUGAAUUUAAUUCAGAUAGAAAAACAUUAAAUAUUAGUGAACGUAAUUUAAUAUUACAUAAUGGUACAUUACACUUUCUACUUAUUAUUCGACAUUUAACUGAUGGUAGACAAUUAAUAACACGUUUAGAUGUUGAUAAACAAUUAAAUCUUAAUUUUAAUACAACUGAUUUAAAUGUAUUAGAAGAUAUUAUGGAUAAUUUAGAUGAUUUAGUUUUGGCUCAACCAGCUCAAGCAGUUGAAUUAAUUACUGGUUUAGCUGAUAAACUUAAUCAAAUGAGUGAUAAUAAUACUUCGCAAGAAACGAAUGAAGACGAAACGAAAGCAAUGAAUGAACGAAUGGCAACAAUGCGCUCAAAAAUGUUAUCAUCAAUGAAUACAGUCUUAGAUGUAUCAAAUGAACCAAGCACUGUUGAUAAGGCACUUAAAGCUAGUGCAACAGUUACAGCUAAUAGUGAUCAAAUGCCAUUAAAUAAUCAAGAAAAAGGAGCAGAUAUUAUUGAAAAAGUUGGUGGUAAAGUAAAAGAUAUGGAAUCAGCCGACGACGAUACUGUUACUAAUCUUGCUACAUCGUUGAUGGGUGUUGGUAGUAACGUUCUUCAAGCUGCUUCAAAAACUGUUUCAAAAGAUAAAGAAAAUGAUCCAGAUAUUAUCAUUGAAAAUCUUGAGUCGGAUAUAAAAGCAACAGAGAAUGAUGAAACAGAUACAAAAAUUCUUUAUGCUCCAACACAAUUUUAUGAUACAUGUGAUGAAUGUGAAGAAUUACCUGAAGAACGAUGGGAAGAAUUUCGACAUAAAUUAGAAGAAGAAAAGAAAACAAUUGUUGAAGGACGAGAACGAGCUUCACACAUAGCUAAACGAAGUUCAGGUGGUUUAUUUACUGUUGGUGAUGUUUUAGCAAAUCGUUCAUCAACAAAUGAAACAAAAACUAUUGAAAGUAAAACUAUGACAAUGACCUUUACAAAAGCAAAUCCAGAUGGUAAAUCAAGUUUAUCAGCUGGUGAUACGAAUAUUCGUUUACCUGGUUUAUCUGAUUUAAAUUUUGGUUCAGAUUCAUCUGAAGUUUUUACAAAAAUACUUGAAUCUAAAAAUAAUCCAUUUGCAAGUAAACAUGGACAUUCAAAUGUAGAAGGUAGUGUUGUUACUAUCAUCUUAUCACGACCAGAUGGAUCAGAAAUGUCUGUACAAAAUACAACUAAACCAAUAUCAAUUCGUUUAUCUCGACCAAUUGAUAAACAACCAAAAUAUCAACAAUAUGAAUUACAUGGAAGAUCAUUUCAAUAUCAUAAAGUUAAUUUACCUGAAAAACACAUGACAUUAUCAGUUUAUAUAUCUCCUAAUUUAUCACCAAUGGAUAUUUAUGCUGUUUAUGUUUCAUUUGGUACAAAUGAAACUGCAUUAGAAUCACCAACUGAAUCAAAAUUUGAUCUUCUUUUUAUUGUACCUAACAGUACUACUUUAGCAUCAACAUCAGAUAUUAAUUUGGAUGAUGAAUAUGAAUUAAGACAUACUAUAUUUAUGCCACCAAAUGUUCAUCUUGGAAAUGGAACUUAUAUUUUUGGUAUUAAAUUAAUUCAUCCAAAUACGACAAUGAACUUAACAGAAUAUAAUUCAAGUUAUACAAUAAAUAUGUAUGUAUCAAAAUGCCAAUAUUGGGAUGAAAAACGAGUUUUAUGGAGUUCCGAUGGAUGUGAAGUUGGACCAUUGACAACAUUAAAAUCAACUGAAUGUCUUUGUACACAUUUAACAACAUUUGGAAGUGAUUUUUUUGUUCCACCAAAUAAAAUUGAUUUUACAACUGUUUUCACAAAAUUUAAAAAAUUACAUGAAAAUGCUGCGGUUUUUAGUACUGUUAUUGUAAUAUUUAGUUUAUAUGUUCUUGCUGGUAUUUGGGCAAGAAGAAAAGAUAAACGUGAUUUAAUUAAGUGGACAGCAAGACCUUUAAUCGAUAACCUUCCUAUUGAUAAUUAUUAUUAUUUAAUAACCAUUCAUACUGGUGUUGGUAAAGAAUCAGGUACAACAUCAAAUAUACAUUUUAUUAUAUCCGGUGAAUCAUCUGAUAGUGGUAUGCGACAAUUAACUGACGGAAAAAUAAUAGAAUUUCCAGCUGGAAGUGUUCGAAAUUUUGUAAUGAGUGUUGAAGCACCACUUGGUCCUUUACUUUAUCUUCGUGUAUGGCAUGAUAAUUCUGGUCUUAGAAAUAAAGCUUCUUGGUUUUUAAAUAUGAUCAAUGUUAUGGAUUUACAAACAGGAGAAAAGAGUUAUUUCAUUUGUAAUAAUUGGCUUGCAGUUGAAAAAGGUGAUGGAUUAGUUGAUCGUAUUAUACCAUUAGCAUCAAUGAAAGAAUUAAGAAGUUUUGCACAUUUAUUUACUGAAUCCAUUAAAAAGAAACUUAGCGAUGGUCAUUUAUGGUUUUCAGUAUUUUCACGUCCUGUUCGAAGUAAUUUUACACGUCUACAACGUAUAUCAUGUUGUAUGUCAUUACUUUUUUGUACUAUGAUAUCAAAUGCAAUGUUCUAUCGACAAGAUACACAAACAACGGUAAAUAAAGCUGGUGUUUUAAUGAAAAUUGGUCCUAUUGAAUUUACAUUAACACAAAUUGUUAUUAGUUUUUUUGGUACAUUAGUUGUUUUACCUGUAAAUUUAAUUAUUAUUACAUUAUUUCGUAAAGCAAAAUAUAGUCAAAAAAUCUUAGUAACACAUAAUUUACAAAAAAAGAAACCUCAAAUUAAAUCAUUAGAACAAGAUGAACAAUAUGAAAAAACGACAAGAAAAAAACAUCAUUUCAAACAUUCAAAAUUUAAUGAAGAAGAAGAUGCUGAACGUAUUGGAGCAAUACCAUCAAUUGAAGAUAAAACAAGAACACUUCCACAUUGGACUAUUUAUAUCGCUUGGGCAUUGAUAACGUUAAGUAUUUUAACAUCAUCAUUUUUUAUUAUUCUUUAUUCAUUGGAAUGGGGUGCACAACGAGCUAAUGAAUGGUUAAUAACAAUGAUGCUUUCAUUUGGUCAAUCAAUAUUUGUAAUUGAUCCAUUAAAAGUAUUUCUUAUUACGGCUAUUAUAAGUUUUCUUAUUCGUCGACCAUAUGAUGAUGAAACACUUGAUUUUAAUGAUCCAUUUACUGGAGCAUUACUUGCAAAUAAUAGUAUAUCUUAUACGGAUGAUAAUCAAGAGAUUUAUGAUGAUACAAAUUUUAAAAAAAUUGCACUUCAACGUCGUGUACGUAUAUGUAAUUUACGUGCAAUUGAUUCAAAUGAAAUGGCGCGUGCACGAGAACAACGUUUACGUGAAGUAAAAAUGGGAGAAAUCAUUCGUGAAAUAAUUAUGUUUAUAUUUUUUACUAUUGUCUUAUUAUUUCUAUCAUAUCAAUCACGAGAUACAAAUUCAUAUGGUUUAUAUCGAGAUACAAAAAAUUUAUUUAUUACAUCAGAUUUUCAUGAUGUCAGUUCAAUUGGUACAUGGUGGGAUUAUUGUGAUAAUGUUUUAUUAAAAGGACUUUAUGCACAAGCAUGGUAUAAUAAUAAAAAUUUAACUUGGAGAGAAAAAUUAACAACUGCAAGUCGAUCAUCAAUGCGUGUUGGUGCACCAAGAAUUCGUCAAUUGCGUGUUAAAGAUAAUAGUUGUCGAAUUCAUCGUCGUUUUAAACAUAUGAUAUCACAUUGUCGAGAUGAUUAUAACUGGUUUGAUGAUGAUACAAAAGAUUAUACACCAAGAUGGGAAAAAGUUUUGAAUAAAGCUACAAUGAAAACAAAUAAUCAAACACAACGAUGUAAAACACCAUGGUGUUAUCAAAGUAGUCUUCGUACAAAGAGUGAUCCACUUUCAGCAAUAUACAAAACAUAUAAAGGUGGUGGUUAUGUUGUUUCAUUAGGUCGUACAUAUCAACAAGCUGUAUCAUUACUUAAUGAACUUCGUUCACAAAAUUGGCUUGAUCAAUUAACUCGUGCAGUUAUUAUUGAUUUUUCACUUUAUAAUGCAAAUGUUAAUUUAUUCGUUGCAGUUACACUUUCAUUUGAAAUGACAUCAAUGGGUUCAGUUAUACAAGAUUAUCGUAUUAAAAUCUUUCGUUUAUAUGAUCAUGUUGGUAGUUAUGGUAUAAUUGUCUAUAUAUUUGAACUUUGUUUUGUUAUUUUUACCAUUUAUUCUGUUUUCCAUGAAGUUUCAUUAAUUAUUAAACAAAAAAGAGAAUAUUUUAGAAAAUUUUGGAAUAUAAUUUCAUUUAUAACAACAGUAUUUAGUGUAACAACAAUUUUGAUGUAUGGAACAAAAAAGGCAUUAACACGAUUAGCUAUUCGAUCAUUGAAAAAAACAGAAAUGGGUGAAUUUGUUAAUUUUAAUGCAAUUGGAAGUUUUGAUGAAGUUUAUUCAUAUAUCGUUGCAUUAAUUACAUUCUUUACAAUGCUUAAAUUUUUAAAAUUACUUCGAUUCAAUAGACGUAUUGGAAUGUUAUCAAAAUCAUUUCAUUAUGCUCGAAAAGAUUUAAGUUCAUUUGCAUUUGUUUUUCUUAUAUUUAUCCUAGCUUAUGCACAAGUCGGUUUUGCUAUAUUUGGUCGUUCACUUCGUAAUUAUAACAGCUUUUUCACGUCAUUAACAACUUGUUUUCGAAUGCUUUUGGGUGAAAUCAAUGCUCCAGACAUGAUUGCUGUUAGUCGAGUCUAUGGUACACUUUAUUAUCUUUCAUAUAUUAAUCUUGUAUUUAUUGCUUUAUUAUGCAUCUUCUUAGCGAUUUUGAAUGAUGCGUUUGCACGUGUUAAACGAGAAUUAAUUGCAUCACACUAUCGAAAUGAAAUGAUGGAAUUUAUGUGGUCAACAUUUCGAAAAACUGCUGGAAUUAAUAAUCGAAAAACACCGGAGAACGAUGAUGAAAAGACAAAAAUGACAUGUAUCAAGGAGGAAAAUGAUGCUCCAUUGGCUAAAUUUGAUGCUGAUGAACUUUGA